UCCGGCGGCCCCUUUUGUUGCCGGAGCGCCCAAGUUGGCGGCGGCGGCGGCGGGGAUGCGGCGGGAGCCGGGCCCCGGCUGAGCGGAGCCGGGCGGCGGAGGGGAGCAGCGCCAUGUCCCUCGGCGCGCCCACCAGCAGCGACGCCUGCCUGAGCAUCGUGCACAGCCUGAUGUGCCACCGGCAGGGCGGGGAGAACGAGACCUUCGCCAAGCGGGCCAUCGAGAGCCUUGUCAAGAAGCUCAAGGAGAAGAAGGACGAGCUCGACUCGCUCAUCGCCGCCAUCACCACCAACGGCGCCCACCCCAGCAAGUGCGUCACCAUCCAGCGCACCUUGGACGGGCGGCUCCAGGUGGCGGGCAGGAAGGGGUUCCCCCACGUCAUCUACGCCCGGCUGUGGCGCUGGCCGGACCUGCACAAGAACGAGCUGAAGCACGCCAAGUUCUGCCAGUUCGCCUUCGACCUCAAGUACGACAGCGUCUGCGUCAACCCCUACCACUACGAGCGCGUGGUGGCCCCGGCCAUCGGUCUGAGCAUCCCCAGCGCAGAUGGAGGUGCCGCACGGGGCCAAGCGGGCGCCGCGCCCCCCCCGCCGAGCCCUACCGCCCGCCGCUGCCCCCCCCGCCGCUCCCCGAGUCCCCCCGCGCCCCCAGGAGCCUCUACCCCGCGCUGCCCAUGUCGCCCCCAGUGGCCCCCGGCGGCCCCCUGCUCCCGCUGCCCCACGGCGAGGGGCUGCUGCGGAUCACCUGCCCCACGCCGCCCCCGGCCACGCCAGCGCAGCCCCCCCCGCAGAACGGCUACCCCGCGCCCCCCAAACUGCCCUACCAUGGUUCUCCGGCGAGCUGGAGCAGCGGCAGCACGGCCAUCUACGCCCCCAGCCUGGGGGGGCCGCAGCCCCCCCCACCAGCCCAGCAGCCGGAGCCACCCGCAGCCCCCCCUGCACCACCCCAACCACUACUGGCCCCCGCCCCAUAGCUCCGCGCCGUACCAGCAGCCGGUGUCCACGCACCCCGGGCCAGAGUUCUGGUGCUCCAUCGCCUACUUCGAGAUGGACGUGCAGGUGGGCGAGAUCUUCAAGGUGCCGUCCAGCUGCCCCGUGGUCAUCGUGGACGGCUACGUGGACCCCUCGGGGGGCGACCGCUUCUGCCUGGGGCAGCUCUCCAACGUGCACCGCACCGACGCCAGCGAGCGGGCCCGGCUGCACAUCGGGAAGGGCGUGCAGCUGGAGUGCCGCGGCGAGGGGGACGUGUGGAUGCGGUGCUUGAGCGACCACGCCGUCUUCGUGCAGAGCUACUACCUGGAUCGGGAGGCCGGCAGGGCCCCCGGGGACGCCGUGCACAAGAUCUACCCCGGCGCCUACAUCAAGGUAUUCGACCUGCGCCAGUGCCACCGCCAGAUGCAGCAGCAAGCAGCCACGGCCCAGGCCGCCGCCGCCGCUCAAGCGGCCGCCGUGGCCGGCACCAUCCCGGGCCCCGGCUCGGUGGGCGGCAUCGCGCCCGCCGUGGGGCUGUCGGCGGCGGCGGGGAUCGGCGUGGACGACCUGCGGCGGCUGUGCAUCCUGCGGCUCAGCUUCGUCAAGGGCUGGGGGCCCGACUACCCGCGGCAGAGCAUCAAGCACACGCCGUGCUGGAUCGAGGUGCACCUGCACCGCGCGCUGCAGCUGCUGGACGAGGUCCUGCACACCAUGCCCGCCGCCGAGCCGGGCCCCCUGCGCUAGCGCACAAGGCCCCGCGCUUAAUUUAAUUUUUGUAAGAGAAAGUGCCCCCGAAAAAAAAAAAAAAAAAAAGGUUAAAAGAAAAAAGAAAGGAAAAAAAAGAGAGGGAAAAAAAAAAAGAAAGGGAAAAAAAAGAAAGGGG